GAAGAGUUAUUUGAAAAGGAAGAAGACAGCGCUGUUCCUGUUUAGAAAGUAUUUGAGAAGCAAACACACCAGCGUCGAAUCAUUCAUCGUACAGGAACAAGCAAAGAUGAAGUACAUCUGUUACAUCGUGUUUGUCUUCGGUUUGUGUGCAGCUCUUGUCAAUCCCCAAAUGAACGCACAGAAUCAGCAAGGACAAGACCAUAUGAUGCAAGCAGCUCGGAUGGAAGAUUAUAACGAGGCACAUUUUAAACAGAGAUUAAACUCUGAGGUGGAACGUCUAUCAGGACAAAGCACAGAGCAGGUGUUCCACAGAUACAGAACAUCCGAGCAUGCUAUUGCCGAGCAGUACUCUGGACUCUUCGAGACAUCCGAAGAAACCGAGGUCUCUCAGGCAGUAUGGGACUCGAAACACCAACAUCAAAAUCAUGACUGUGAUAGGUGUUGUCCGACACGAGUCUAUCACAGAAGAACUAUUUUGCUUCGGAAUACACGUGGACAAAAUAAAGUGCUUGUUCAUCUGUCCAACAUAGGGAAGUUCCAGUUUUUGCGACAUGCAGAAUGCGUACCUGGGGCCGGAAGCUGUAACGGACACUGUGUGAUGGAGAUGAUGUCUGUAUAUUUAAUGGUUUGGAAUCUCAACUCGGAAACCGGUUUGCCGUUCUCUAUCGACAGAUUCGAGGUACCUGGGUACUGCUCCUGCAAACGAUGGCUCCCAUGAACAAUGCAAUACAUAUACAGUGAAACCUUUCAAAACCGAACCCUCUGUAAACCGGACUUCCCUUAAAAAAAAAAACCGAACGUUUUUCAUGAUCCAUGUUUAAAUAGCUGUGCAGAAGAAAACGUCUGUAAACCGGAUACUUUUUAAAACUGGAUUUAUUACUUGGUCCUGAGGGUGUUUGGUUUAGUGGAGUUUCACUGCAAUUAAGAACCCAAACCUUGUGUACACGUAUGACUAGUAACCUGAGUAACCCACUGAUGGAAUUUCUCAUAGUAUUUACUAUUAUGUUAUCCGUAUAAUUCUGAAAUAAAGCUUUUUAAGCAUC